CUAUUUUACUAAAUUUAUUAAAAAUGAGGUCCUGUACUAUUUUUUUACUAACAUUUUUAGUCCUAAAUGUAUUUUUGUGUGCUAAAGCCGACAGUUUUAGUGACAAUAUCGAUAAAUUCACCAACGAGUUCGAAAGUGGUGUCAAAAAUGUUCAGAGUGGUGUCCAAGAAGAGGAUGACGUCAUCAAGAAGAAUUUGAAGAAGUUACAAGGUGCUUCAGAGACCCUUCAAGAAAAUGCAGGGCAACUUUUUAACAAAUUCAAAGAACAAAUGGGAAAACUUGGCGAACAAAUUUCUGAGACCUUCAACAAAGCCAAGGAACAGGUCAAAAAAUUGGUCAAAAGGGCUGGGGAAAAAAUGAGGGACUUUAAAUUGGAAAAAUUAAAUUAA